UUGGCCCUGCGUGACUUGAUUCUGUGUGUCUGUGGACGGACAUUUUGGUCUGUGGCACGAGCGAUUGAGCUGUGGGAUUGCAUUCCGUUUCAGGUGUUUGAUUGGUUCCUUCUGUUCGUGGAUCACUUGAACUCUUCAAGAUGACCGGUGGUAACGAGGCCUACUUUAACACGACCACCUUCAAAGGUCGCUAUCGCACGUCCAUUGCCACGCUGGGGGCUUUGGCCGGAAUCUACAUGUACACCAAAGUUCGCGGAGGGGGAACCAAAUCCGGCUCGACUUCUUUUCCCGUGAUCAAGUCUCAGCACUCGUUGGUGGCCAAGCAUGUUACCCCUGAGAAGUGGAGCAAGUUGUCUGGCAUCAAGACCAAGACAUCCGGAUUCACCUUGGCCCAGGCCAUUGCUUGCGCUGUUCAAUUUGAUGACCAGCAUUGCGGUAUCUACGCCGGAGAUGAGGACUCUUACUCCGAUUUCGGCGAGGUGUUCCAUCCCCUUAUUUUGGAGUACCAUGGCCUCAGCCCCGAGUUCUCUCAUACCUCUGAUAUGGAUACGUCUAAGCUGAAGGGUAACAUCGAUCCCAAGGCUCCUGUCAAAUCGACCCGUAUUCGUGUGGGCCGCAGCAUUGAAGGAUUCGGUCUCUCUCCCGGAAUCACCCGUCAACAGCGUCUCGAUGUCGAGAACCUGAUGAAGCACGCCUUUGCCAAGUUGAAGUACGACUUGUCGGGCAACUACUACCCUCUUCAAGGCAUGGAUGAGGCCACACGCCAAAAAUUGGUGGACGACCAUUUCUUGUUCAUGUCGGGUGACAAGAACCUCCAAGCCGCCGGUAUGGAGCGUGACUGGCCUGAGGGUCGUGGUAUUUACCACAAUGACGCCAAGUCUUUCUUGGUGUGGGUCAAUGAGGAAGACCAGCUCCGCAUCAUCUCCAUGCAAGCUGGCGGCGAUGUUCGCGGUGUGUUUGAUCGUUUAGCUCGCGGCAUUGACGCCGUGGGUGAUUCUGUCCAAUCUGAAUCGGGCAAGAAGUUCAUGCUCCAUCCCAAAUAUGGCUACUUGCACUCGUGCCCCACCAACUUGGGCACAGGCAUGCGGGCUUCGGUGCACAUUGACCUGCCCGGCUGGACGAAGGAAGGUUUGCCCGCUUUGAAGAAGCGUUGCGAAGAGUUGGCUCUCCAACCUCGCGGCACCCGCGGUGAAUCUGGCGGUCAAACUGGUGUGACCUAUGACAUCUCGAACAAGCAUCGUCUGGGCUACUCCGAGGUCCAAUUGGUUCAAACCAUGAUCGAUGGAGUCAACACCUUGUACAAGGAGGAUUUGGACUUGCAGAAGAAACAUGGCUUGUAAAUUUGACCAUCGCCGGGCCGUCUUGCAUCAAGGCUGACGACAGACACUAAAUCGUCGUGAACAUCCACAGCAGUCUGGUCGUGUUGAUGGAAAUGUCUAUAAAAAGCAACAUUUCUCUAUUUUAAGUAGGAAAAAAAUACAACUUUGUCCUGAAA